AUGGACAAAGUCUCUGGUAUCGCUAACAAGCUCGGAGGCAAUAAGGGCCAAGAAUACAUUGAUAAGGGUAUUCACACCACGGAGAAGAAGAUCGGUGCUGACAAGUUUGACCCUGCGAAGAAGCUCAGCAAUGCCGGCCAUGAGCAUUUGGAUAAGGCUAGAAAGAGCAUCCCCAACAAGUUGACACAUUAA